AUGAAUGGCUGCGUCGUGCUGCUGGUGCCAUCAGCUGCCGCGGUGUCCGAGUCUGCAGAGAACGCGGCCCGCAGACUUCACCUUGUCGGCGCGAACUGCAGCCUGCGGCAACUCCCGUUCCUCCACUGCCUCCUAGCUGCGUCCAACCUCGCCCUCCGCAGUGGCGACCUCGCGCUCUCGUCGCGCCUCAUGGCCCUCCGCGGCGGCGAGCAAGAAGGAGUUGCAGAGACGAACGCCACAAUGCAUACGCGGCAGCUCCGCAGAUCGACAGCGUCCCGGUGGCAACCCUUACUCCGGAGCGGCAGCCCGGUCGGGCCCUCCCCUUCACAACGUUACGGUGGUGGCCCAUACCUUCUCCGCCUCCUCUCCUGCAAGCAAGAAUUUGUUCCAUCUAUUGAGCUCGCAGAGAUGCAAACAAUGGAGCAAACACAGGCAGCACAGAAGGCUGACACUACAACAACAGACUUAAACACACUACCAGAGGAGGGAGGAGAUGAGGUGCCUGAUCUCAACAGGAGUCCUGCUCAACAUGAACAUGAAGAGGAUCAUGAUCCCUUGGAAGAUGUAGUAGCUGCAGUUGAAGUUGGGGGAGCUGACCACUUGGAUGUCCAUCCUAAUGAGAAUGACGAACAAGAAGAAAUUCAUCAAGAUGUGUCCCGCAUGUUGCAACCGAACCUAAUACGUCUUAGAAUCGGGCGUUGUGCUAUCAUAGGACGAACUCAACUGCUGCAGGUUGAGAUGAACCGUCCAUCGAAUUUCAUGCCUACUCCUGAACAGGAUGUUCUGGAUGUCAAGCCCUUGAGGACAUUGGCUCCAAUGUUCCCUGCACCCCUGGGUGUCAAUACAUUUAACCAGUCAACCACACCACCAAUGAUAUUCGUCACUCCUGCUGGACAAUUUCAAGGGGGUUUUGGUGCUUGGAACAAUUCUGCUGCCAAAUCAUUUUUCGCUUUCGGCAGCGAGGAUGCUAGUGGAGGCAAGGCUCACAAAUUUGGUGAUCAGAAUACUGGUAGUGGCAAGGCUGCCACUUUUGGUGAUCAGGAUGCUUUUGGUAGCCAGAAUGUCGCCACUGGUGUGCAGGAUGCUGCUGGAGGCCAGACUGCAACAGAUUGGACGUCAGAUGUGAGUGCCAAUCCUAAUGGCCCAAUUGACGCCACCCCCAUUUCAGCUUACAGGUCAACACAGCCUAUUGUUAUAUCACUGGAUGAUGAUGAUGAUGAUAAUGACGAUGAUGAUGUGCCUUAUGCUUCUAACAAGACAUCAGCAUCUGGACGCAAGAUCAAGAGGCCGUCCCGUCUCAGCAGAUACAAUGUGAGGGAUGGUUUGGUAAGUGACAGCUCCAACAGCACGAAGGUUAAGCGCCCCAAAUCCUCUCACAAGAAUGCUGCUGCUGACAAUGAGAAUGCGUUGCUUCCUCCAUCUGAUGAUCCUAGGGAAACUGUGGAGGCAGUUCUCAUGACCUUUGAGGCAUUGCGGCGUAGGCAUCUCCAAUUGGAUGAGGCACAAGAGACUAACAAACGUGCAGAUCUGAAGGCUAGUGCCAUCAUGAUGGCCAGUAAUAUCAGGGCCAACUCUGGGAAGAGGAUAGGAGUUGUUCCUGGAGUUGAAAUAGGGGACAUUUUCUACUUCAGGAUGGAGCUAUGUAUUAUCGGGCUGCAUGCUCCUAGCAUGGCCGGAAUUGACUAUAUGACUGCCAAGUUUGCUGAUGAGGAUGAUUCUGUUGCAAUAUGUAUUGUUGCUGCAGGUGGUUAUGACAACAACGAUGAUGAUACAGAUGUACUGGUUUACAGCGGUUCAGGAGGUAAUAGCAAGAACAGUGAGGAGAGGCAUGACCAGAAGCUUGAGAGGGGUAACCUGGCUCUUGAAAGGAGCUUGUCCAGAAAAAAUGUAAUCCGUGUGGUUCGGGGCUAUAAGGAUCCAGGUUGCUUGACUGGCAAGGUUUAUAUUUAUGAUGGCCUCUAUAGGAUUCACGAGUCAUGGAAGGAGAAAACGAAGAGUGGAAUAUUUUGUUUCAAGUACAAGCUGCUGCGAGAGCCAGGACAACCUGAUGGAGUUGCAAUCUGGAAGAUGUCCCAGAAAUGGGUAGAGAAUCCAAUAACUAGAGGCAGCUUUUUACAUCCUGAUCUGUCAUCUGGUGCAGAAAAUCUCCCAGUGUUUCUUGUUAAUGACAUUGACAGUGAUAAAGGGCCACACCAUUUCACCUAUACCACUCAGGUCGAACACUUGAAUCCACUCAGUUCUGUGAAACCUUUAGAGGGUUGCAGAUGCCUUAGUGUUUGUCUGCCUGGUGAUGCCAACUGCUGUUGUGCACAGCGUAAUGGAGGCAGCUUACCUUACAGCUCAUCAGGAUUGCUUGUAUGCCGCAAGACUAUGGUUUAUGAAUGCGGUGAAUCCUGUCGGUGUUCUUUCAAUUGCCGUAACAGAGUGACCCAGAAAGGAGUUAGGAUCCACUUUGAGGUCUUUAAAACUGGUAAUCGAGGCUGGGGUCUUCGUUCAUGGGACGCUAUACGGGCUGGUUCAUUUAUAUGCGAGUAUGUUGGUGAGGUUAUUGAUGAUGCUAAAAUUAAUUUGAAUGAUAUUGAAGAUGAUUAUAUAUUUCCGACGUUGUGCCCUGUUCAGUUUGACCAUGAAGAUGAUCAUCGGCCACAUAUCAUGUUCUUUGCUUUGAAGCAUAUUCCUCCAAUGACAGAGUUGACUUAUGACUAUGGUGACAUUGGAGCUGAUUCUAGUGGUGUACGGUCUCCUAGAUCAAAGAACUGCCUUUGUGGAUCCUCAAAUUGUCGGGGAUUCUUUAUCUGA